ACACAAUGCAAACUUUUUUGAAACUUAACCAUUUGUUUAUGGCGAUUUCUACCAGUGAACUAUUCCGCGUAUUUUAUCAGGGGGUUAAUAAAACAUUCACAGCUGCACACCAAAAUUUCGUAAUUAAUGGAUUACAGAAUUAGUAGGUAUGAUUGAUACCUCAUGGCUUUUCAACAAUUCAACAACCUUAUUAAAGUCAUUCAUUCGUAUGCGGGACAAUAAUCAUCUAAUUAUCUUCCAAUCAUAUUGUCAUGGAGGUUCAGUCAGUUCCUAUUUCCGCUAUCACAUACCAUAAAACAGAACUGGUACUUACUCAGCCACUCAGUCACACUCAGAGGUACUUAGUUCAGUAAAAAAACGGCCACUAGUCAAAAAUGUAUCCUAACAUCAAGUAGGUAAGUACCACUGGAUUAAAGCUACACUGUCUGAAAUAAGUCAAACUCUACAAUGAACCACUUGUUAUCACUCCUCAUCAUCGCCAUAGCCGCAUCACUAAACACGGCAAACAUGAGGUGUUCAAGUGACUCCCCAUCGCGCGCUCCCAAAUACCACCUCAUGGAGAAAUGCCACCGGUCCAAGCUUGGCAUAGCAGCGAAAGCAAACUAUAGCACAUUGACCAGCUGCCAGAGACUUGGCAUCGAGAAGAAGGCUUUAGCGUUGAACUACAGCCCACCUGAUGCCUGGAGAGCUGGUGAUGAACCACUGAAUUACACUUGCGAAGUCCUGAAGUGUGCUGAAGCGGAUGGCGGGCUGUCCUUGGUGAAUGACACGAGAUAUGACUACUAUAGUAUAUAUGCAAGACCUAUACCGAAUGUGAAUGCGACAUGCGUCCCAGCCACCGGAAUGUUCUACCUCUUACCUGCCCGGCACAACUUCAGCCAAGCUGCGCAAGAGUGUAAGAACAUCAGCGCAGUGCUGGCUGACGUCACCAGUGAGCAGCGAACAGAUUCCUUGGCUCAGUUGCUGGCUGGCGCUUCUGUGGACGCUGCUUUGGUGGGAAUGAGAAGGAAUAAUAAGAGUAUGUUUCGAACUUUGAAUGGGGAUGCCCUAGACUGCACGACCUACCGCGCAUGGGCUCCGGGGCACCCACGACGAUAUGCCGCCCAGUAUGACUGUGCCCUGAUCACCCGGCAGCGGACCUGGCGCUCAGUCGCUUGUAAAUCAAAACAACCAGUCCUCUGUGAGUUGUUACCAGGAGGACCUUACAAGAGAGGCUCUAUAUUUGCCUCUACAAGACGAGAAAGUAAAGAUAAGCAAAAUAGUCAUGAAAAUGAUCACAACGUUACGACGACAACAGUGGAAAAUAAAAAUUAA